AUGACGGCUUGGAACGCAGCCAUGUCGGCGGAGACAGUGAUGACGAUACGCCCGAGUGCGAGCGGGACAGCGGAACCACUGGUUCAUCCUGUAAACCAUACAUCAUGGAGGCGUGCGCGCGGCGUCCAUAAAAUUCAAAAUCUCAAGACUAAUGGGACACAGCCGACCCGGUCAGCGCCGCUCGGGGAACAGCAGAAAUACCCCGGCACGACGCCCGGUUCAAAAAUAGUCCGCGGCACCGACGCUAGCUGCAUACAAAACUGGCCAGUCGGUCGACCGACAUAUCGCCUUAUCAAAUUUCCCUGCCCACACCCUGCGCACGCGUCGCCCGCGCCCGACCCAUCCCGCCCAUUCCGCUCUCAACCCCCGCGAGCGGCGGUCAUGCAU